CUUUCUAACCGAUCAGCAGUAUGGAGCGUGAAGAAGAGCUGGAGAAAGAAGCUGGGGGCUGCAGAGGUGCUGAAUCUUUGCCCCAGCCUCCUCCGGCAGGGAGCACAAGCUGCUCGACCAGCACCUCCGAUAGCAGUGCAGUACAGGUGUCAUCCUGGCUUGCUGAGGACCCUGGCCAGAGCUGCUCCCUGUCCACCCAGCAGGGCCUGGUGACAAUGGCCAAGGACUCAGGGCUGUCCAAACAAGGAGGAAGUUCCUGCUCUCUCCAUCUAGAACUUCAAGACAGUCGCCUCUCACCUGCUCUCCCGUUGUUACCAGCACACUUCAAUAAAACCCAUAGCCUUUUUGAAGACUCUACUUUUCACCACACCAACUUGGAUUUUAUUCCCCUGAGGGGUUCUCCAGAUGUCUCUGUUGUGUCCGAACAAUUCCCGAUGCAGUUUCACUUCAGAGAGGCUGCCACUCUGGAAAACUCUGAGCUCUCUUGGAGCAAUCAAGCCAAGGACCAGGUCUCUCUGUCCCAACACCCUCUGACUCUCAAAGCAGCUUUUCCAGAGGAUGCUGGCAGCUGUUGUUCACUCUCUGAGCAUACCCUGUCCCCUGCUUCUGCUGAUAAAGACGAGGACAGCGACGAAGACCCUUUCCAUACUGGUCUCGAUGACGUGGGAGGACUGGAGGACCAGAAAGCACUUAAUGCUGAUAGAAAGGAGCAGAGUUCUUUAAAUGAGAAUGCUCAGGAGAAGCCUCAGAAGGCGACCCCUGAAGACGAUGCCUUAAAUGUGUCUGUGUCUAUUCAGCUGUCACGUGUCCUCGAGAAAGAUGCUGGGGACUUGAGUAGCAGUAGCACCACAGUCUCAUCUGCUUCUAAGUUGUCUUUGAGCAAGACAACUUCGAGGGAGUCCAAAACUGCAAAGGAAUCUGACCCAGAAGAAGCCUUUCCAGGGAGGCAACAAGAAAUCACUGUAAAGGACUGCGAGCAAAAUAUGUUCAGGUCCACAGAUGACAAAUCAAUAGUAAAUAGUCAGUGUCUUCCAGGAGAAAAUUCUUUCUCUAUUCCCAAGCAAAUGGAAAAAUCUAAAGAGGUGCUUGCUGGAGCUGAGCUGUCCAACAUCACUGAUCGCUCACCUUGUGCUCCACAAGAAAGCAGAUCCAAUGAACUCCACCAGCAGAUGAGCUGUGACAUAGAGAAUAUUCAGCAGACGAAGCCCGGGACCAAAGCGGAGAAGGACGAUAUCCCCAUCCCUAAAGGUAGUCAGUCGGUCACCCCAAAUAUGGAGUCAGAGGGCACACACAGUGAGAGAGAGAGCACUAUCAUAGAAGUACCAGUUGGCACCAGUAAGGCUCAGUUGUCAGCUGGGUGCAGCUUUGAACAAGGGCAUGCAGACAAAGAGGUGCUGUCUUCUGGGAAUCGGGCAGCAGUGGACGGGUCUUUCCUAGGAUUGCUUUCACAACCUGUGUUUCAGUCCACCCCAGGUGUUUUCUCUGGGUCUUGCCAAGCAAAUGUGCCACUUGCCUCAGGAAAACUUUCUCCAGUCACGACCAGAAUCGAGGUGUCCUCAACUUCUGUCAGCAAGGAUCAAGGGGGUUCAUCAAAAAUCAAGCCUGCUGCCGAUUUCAGUGGUCUUAUCAAAGGCUGUAGUUCAGAGAGCCUAAAGCCAAUCAGUGCAUCUCUUCAGAGUUCUGGAAAAAUCCAAUCCUUGCCAAGUAUGAGUUACAUAGAGAAAGUUGGGGCAUGGAAUACAAAUCAGUCUUCAAGCGAGACGUAUUUUGACAAGUUGACUUUGGAGAGAUUCACCGUCAUGUCUUCAAAAAGUAAGGCUUUUGAUACAGUUUCUGACUCUUCAGACUGCAUGAUGAGCCACCAAGGAAGCAGUACCCUGUUACCCCCUAAAGCGUCUAGGUCAAGCAUCAGUAACCGGAGCCCUAGGUGGAACCUUGCUCCCUCCUUUUCUGGACAGGUCACUUCUGUCAGUGGCGAUCUGGGAGGUGGAAACUCAUCAUCGUUGAUCCUUUCAGAUAGGUCCCAGUCCAUAUGCACACCCAAUAAGGAAGUCCAGCUGUCUGGAGGCCUGCAGGUCAACUUGAAGUUUACCUCUGGUUCCAGUGAUGUUUGCCAAAGCACUGAAAUUUCAGGUGGAAGACCAAACAGAGACCAAGCUCCAUCACCUACAGGAGCUUCGCGUUCCGGAAUGAAUCAGAGACUGACUUACCAAACAGGGCACCCACAGAAUAAGCCUGAAGGUGGUCAUGUACAGUGUGGCACCGAUCGGGCUGGUUGGCAGGAAUUCAGAGCCGGCAGCAUUGAUGGAGAUGCAGGAAGGGACUUUUUGGGAAGUGCAGCUGGGAUGCAACUUCCUGCCCAACUCCUGUCCCGUGUUGCUGCCUUGGGCCGCUUCAGCGAUGUGUCUUCUUGCCGAGACCUGAAUAGUACGCUGGCCAGCUCACAGGACGGUUACCAUUGUGACCAGAAAGGAGCAGUCUCCACCGGGGCAGUUUCAUCUGUGGUCAGUCUAGAAGUGGACAACUAUGACCCCAAUUGGAUGACAAAUCCUUCAACACCAGCUGCCGAAGAGUUUAAUAUUGAAGAGAGAAUUCCGAUGUACCUCCAUAAUCUUGGCAUUAACCAGUCUCCGUCAACUGUUCUAACUCCUUUUGUGCCAAGUGGACCCAUCAGAGAAACUGAAUUUUCCCCAACGGCAACAGACCUGUGCACGAUCAAAGGUUCCACAUGUACCCCACCAAAGAGCAUACAGCCAUCUGAAGAAAACACACCUCAGAAAGAAUUCUCCACAUCAAGUCUUAUGUCUUUGGGCUCAAACGCUUGCAUCCCACUUAGUGUGGACUAUAUCCCACCCACAAAGUUCCUUUCUUUGCCCACAACAAGCAACUCCUCCAUCGACAGGCUGCUGAGUCAGAGUAGCCUGCAGACAGCAUUCCGACCCCUGAAAGAUGCUCUGGAUAAUGCCUCUUCAGACACCCUACCUCAGCAGCCCCCUGAAGGGGAAACUCCUCUUCUGGAGACCACUCAGCCCCAGGGUGGUGAAAGCCUACCUACCUCCAGUGUUGAAGAACCCACAGAAAAAUUCUGCACUAGUAAGUUGCUCAACACCCAAGACAGGGUUUCUCCCACAGCUCAGCUGUCAAAAACACCCUCUGUCAGUAUAACAAGACCAAGUGAAGUAGUGUUGACUGGCAGCUUGGAUGAAGACUGGAACUCCUUAGUGGGCACUAAAACCCUGCAGGAGAUUCGUAAGCUUCUGGGCAAGACGGAGGACACUGUGUCGGUGAAAACUUCUUUCCCCUCAUCUCUUGCCUCUGCGCAGGGCUCCGACAACUCUGUCCUGUGUGAGGAGAGGAAAGUGGUACAUUUCCAGGUCUCCGGUACCUCCUCUGCUGCGAACCCUGAAGCCAACUCCUCCCUGCUCUGGGAAGGGUCCAUCUCAGAAUCUGUGCUGACAUCUGGAGAGUUGAGAAAUGGCUCAUCUAGAGAGCUGCUUCAGUCUGACAGGCCGUUAGUUUGUGGACCUGCAGCUUUCAAAAGUGUGAGAAGUUUUGUGGAGAAAGAGCCACAUUCAGUGGCUCUCGGUGGCCUUUUGGGACAGACAGCAGAGCCUUUUGCCCCCAGAUCAGUGAGAAGAGAGCCAGAGGGUUGUAGCGCAGGUGUUCCCGAUAAGGUGGCCCCCAUUGCUUCCUCUGUUGCAGAGGUGAACACCUCAGAGGCAAGCAGUGACACGCAGUCAGAGGACGCGAUGGCCUUGAACAACUUUGUUGAUGGACCUCCAGCAGCCUCAUCAUGUGAGAGCUCUGCUCAGAGGGGCCUGAAACUCAGACCUGGCGAGGCAGAACAAGCCACUGAGAGUGACAGUAGCAGCGCCACCGACUCCCUGGCUGCCCGAGUGGCCAGUCUGCUGAGAAAUGAGUCACCAGCCACUGUGACGUCCAGCCAGGCCAGUGCCGUGGACAAAGAGGAUCAUAGAACACGAGAGUCAUCGAAGGUGUUGGGGCCCAAUGGUGGUUUGCUGGACCUGAAUGCACAGGACAGACAGCGCAUUGAGGAAAUCAAAAGAGAGCUCGUGCUUAGUGCCAGGCAUCAUGUUAAGAGGCAACUGAGUUCAGAAACUGAUUCUGGCAGCCAGUCAAGCAGUGGUGCAUAUUGGAGGCAGCUUCCAGACCAGGCCCUGAGGACCACAGAUCACCACAGACUCCUGGACUCCACCAUGCAACAGAACUUGGAGGCACGGGUCCGAGAAAUCGCUCGCCGGGAGGGCCUGCUUCUCCCUGGAAUCAGUAUGAAGCCCAUCACUGCUAUCACUGUAUCCUCCUGCCACCAGCGUCCCUCCUCCUCCACCCACUCAACCAGUCCUUCCUCUUCACCCUUACGGUUUGCACACCAUCCUGCAGAUGUGGUUCCUAAAUGCACUGCUAGGGAGUCCCCCUCAGAAAGCCAGGAACCCGCUGUCACACAGAGAGAGGGUACAAAUGUGCCUCGGAAUGCGCUAACUGCCAUAGUGUUGAAAUCUGGUCUCUCUGACUACAUUACUGCCCCAGAACAGCAUGAGGCUGAUUCGGUUUCAGAGCCAGAGGUACAGUCAGGAGCGCUCACACUGGGCAGCUCACUGAGCCCUGAGAAAAAGACUCUAAACGAGAAGGAUGCUGGGUUGGGGAAGGACUCGGUUGGUUCCUUCGACCCUUUGGCUGGCACAACCCACCUGUUCAGCUCUACCGGUUACAGGCAGAUCUCCAGGUCCUUUCCCGAUGUUGGAAACACUUCCACCGCCCUGGAACACAGGGACUCUCCCCUGCAUGUCACCUCAUCUGUUUCCAGCUCCUCCAUCACCUCCCCCACCAAGAAAGUCCUUCUCCACAUGCCUUGCUCCCAGUCUCCUAGGCAGCUUGGUGGACAUGCCGAAGAGGGUGCUAUAAGCAGGUCCCGUCAGAUCAGUGGCAUCACAUUCAAUAAGCAACAAGCUCACCUUUCUCCUGACUCUUCUGCCAGACGAACCUCCCAGUAUCCUUUUGCAGAGGCUGCCCAUCGGCUUCCAUCCUCCGAUGACUGGCCACGGAAAGUGCCAAGUUCACAUUUCCCAGUGUCUGUUGAAACCAGUGAGCAGCCUGGAGUUGCCUUAAAACCGUUAUUAUUCGAAGACGUUGGACUGAAAAGGGAGCAGGACCCAGUCAGAAACCCAUAUUGUGAAACAGCUGGCACCUCAGUUCAGAUCACCACAGGGGAUGAGUUACAGAUUGCACAACCUACCGGACUUUCGAACACCUUCCCUUCUCAGAAGUUGACAAGCCAGUCUCAGCCUUUAUCCUGCGAGACACCCGCUAUGCCUGUUCUGUUACCUUACAAGCCCCACGGGAGCCCAGAGGUCUUCUACGUUCCCCAGACAGAGGCGCUGUUGUCCCCAGUCAGCACAAUGGAGAGCUCCCAUCCAGGCUCAGACGACGCUGUGCCCCCAAAAUUUAGCCCUGAGGUUCUCGGCUCCAGGGACCAGGAAGAGGACUGUGGUGUCACCAUUAAGCAUGCAGAGGGGGUAUACAGUAAGCGGCAGGCGGAGUCCAGGGGAUUCCUAGGUAGCAAUAUAAAAGAGGGCACAACAUUUGCUACUGAAAACUCCCAGAAUUCCAGUCGAUAUCCUCUGUCUCUUGAAACAACCAUGCAAAGCAGCCUACAGAAUCAAACUGUGUCCAGUAACAAUCCUGUUUCCUUGAUGGAAACUGCUUUCAGCAGAAGCCAGAGGUUGCAUGAGCAAGGACCCAGCACAGGCUGCUUGUCGCUUAUCCAGUGCUUGGAGGAAGAGUUUGCACCUUUACAGGGAGAGGUAGACAACAGUUUGGAAGACCUAGAGCCUUGCUAUAGGCGAGGUAUUGAAAGAGCCGGAAGGGAAGUAUUUGCGAAAACGAGGCAGGCCCUGAUUCCUGGAGGAAGGUCUUCUCAGGAGAGUGGCGGCGAUCUGGACAAGCGGCACCAUGACAGGUUUGUUCACAGGAGGAGUGAGGAGUGGAUUCACCCUGCCUCUGUGACGGAACUGUCCUUGCUGGAGAGGCUGGAGCGCCUGUCCCGCUUCAUCCACACUUCCAGACAUGUAAAAGAGAGAUCCAGCCGGGGCAACUGGUGCAAGAGGGAGGCGGAGCCAGCCGGACAGUAUAGGUGGAGGGAGACAACCCCAGCAGAGCUGAGGGACACGAGACAAAAUGGCGAGUUGGAGGAGGCAAACUGGAGAUUGGAUCACAAGAAAAGAGCAAGAAAUAGAGGAGGGGGGGAUGAGAGCAGGAGACGGACAGAACAUGGUGAAACAACUGAUAGGACAAGGGGAAGCCGAGAGCAGCCUGUGCGCUUGGCUUGGACAGAAGAUCACUCUCAGAAGUCCACCCGCACCGAGCCGUCCCUCAACCAUCGUUGCUAUCCGGCUGAGAGGGACAAGUCAGGAAGCAGGCUGGGCGAAAUGGAUGUCGCUAUCCAGACUGAGUCCUCAGACACGACCGGUACUGUGUCCACGAUUGACACUCCCCGCCUGUUGAGAGCCUUCGGGCCGCAGCGGGUUACCAGCGGCCUCGAGAGACUUCACAGCACCGUCGACAGGCAGAGGGAGAGGAAGGCCAACAGCAAACGCAGAGCUCCUCCCGUCUCUGACAGCAACAGUACAGACGACUUCACGGUACCUGCUCAGGGGACCUCUCCGUCAGUGCUGUCCACCAGCACAGACUCCCAACCCCCAUGCCGUGGUGCCACGCGUGACAUUCAGGUGAAAAGGUCUGUCAAGCUGGUCAGCAAAGGAAUACAGGCUGGUGACCUGGAGAUUGUCAGCAAUGGCACACGGAAACACACCCGCGAUGUUGGGACCACCUUCCCUUCCCCACAGUCUUCACGGCGACUGGAGGUCAUUGCUUCUGACAGUAAGGGAAUCAACGGGGAGCAGAAAACCCCUCCUCAACCCCAAGACCCUGAAAAUGGCAGCUGGAGCCAACCUAUGGUUUAUCCCCCAGGUGUGUCGUGGUUCAUUCCUACUGACAAGGAGAAGAAGGAGAACAGACCUGACUGUGCUUCAGGUCCAGGUCCAGUGUGGUUUGAGCCUUUUACCAAAAUGAAACCCUGGAGGGAACCACUGCGAGAGAGGCAGGUGCAGGAUGAGCCCGUGAGCUCUAGAGAAAGGAGCCAGCGGCAGCCAGCGCCAGAUGACACGGUAAUGGGCAAGGUUCCCUCCGCCCUGGUUCGGGUAACUCUUCAGGAAGCCCUGGAGCUGCACAGACCUGACUUCAUCUCCUGCUCUCGGGAGAGGAUGAAGAAGCUGGGGCUUCGUGCAGAAGAGCGGCGUCUCCAGGCCAUGUUUGCCCAGGAGAGGGAGGACCUUUUCAACCGUCCUACUGGCACAGAGGGGCACACCAUUCCCACAGGGCCCCUGGUUUAUGCUAAAAGAGUAAUACCAAAGAAGGAGAUGUUCAUGAGGUCCAAAAAGAUGUAUUGUCGACUGCCAGAAGUGCAGCGGAAGAAAGAGGAGGAGCGACGCCGGGCUGAGUAUCGCUCUUAUAGGCUAAAAGCUCAACUCUACAAGAAGAAAAUCACCAACCAUGUGCUGGGCAGGAAAACACCAUGGCAGUGAUACGACUGAGCUGAGAAGCAUCAAAGCUCUGUGAUCAUGAGUGCUGUGAAAAUUAUGGUGAUUCUUUUGUUUUUAGACAUAGAUAUUAAUACUUGAACAUUAUUUAUAUGCUGUGCUUUGUUUUAUAAUACUACUGAGAUGUAUUUGAAUGUAAUGCAGAUUUCUGUAAAUGAUACCCUUAAAAUAAUAAAUUUGGC